AGAAAUUAGGUUGUGGUAUUUUUUCUAAAUUUUUAUUUCAGUUUUUAUAUAGACUAGUUUCCAUGUUUAAUUGGUUACCAUUAAAAUGUUUUGAUUUUUCGAGUCAUGUUAGGAAUCAUGAAAUUUCAGUUUUUGAAGAAUUAAUCUUUUGGGUGCGAACCAUGGCUGUCGUGGAUGCCAUUCCCCUCCCUGUCAAUCUCUGAAAUCUUCUCUUCUUCUCUUCUCUGAUUUUUUUCCUUCCCUCUUUUCUUCCCUGCUUGUUGCUGCCGAUGUGCUAUCCUGUUUCUAGCGACUCCUGCAACUUACAGAUCUGAACCGAGUGAUACCUGCAACCGAAUCUGAAUUGAUCUCUACAGCCCUUGCCAGUUCUUAUUGAGAUCUGGAGCUAAGGUUAUAUGCUUAAGGUCGAUUUCUCCGUCUGAUUCUCAGCUCGAAAUACACACAGGAUUGUACGAUCAAACUCAGGAAUUGUUGCUGCCUUCACUCGUCCGCCAGGAUCAGUUGACAUGGAUGUUAAAGUUUUCUUUUGUCAACGAAUUCGAUAUGUAAGACACUUCAAAAGGAUCUUUGAGUUGCUCAAACUGAAAACAGAGGUUCUGCGUGAUAUUAAAGAUGCUCUGAAUGAAGAGAUAAACAGAGAGCUACUGCAUGGAAAGGUGCUGUCAACUGAAUGUAGGAAAUGGCUGGAGAAGAUUGAAGAGAUCGAACAUCAAAUACAUACUAUAAUGGAUGCAGUAGAAAUAUUUCAAAAACACAGAAAUCUCAAGAUCUUUUGCCCUGAUAUAUCUUUGCACAUGAAGGUAGGUGAGAAAAUGGAUAACAUUAUCAAAGAGAUUGCCUUCAUGGAGACUAGGAAGCAUUCUCAGCUAGGAUCUGUUGCUGAUGCUCCAUCAUAUGUGGGUGAACCAAUAAGUAUGCAAGGAUUUAAACCUGUGAUUUCUGAGGAAGUUGGGACAACUAACCAGAUGAGCAUAGGAACAAGCUAUGAUGUUGGAAAAGUUAAACCUGUGGUAAUAACCGAAACAGCAACUGCAUGGAGAAUGAAAUCAAGGAAAUCACAGCUUCAACAUGGAGAAGUAGGGACACGUAGAAAGCAAAGGGCAGAGAAAACAAAGCGAAAGAAAGAUGAGAUAUUAUCUGCACCAGAUAAAGAAAGUGAGAUAACACAUUCCCGAACAUCUGCAGCUAAGAAGAUGCUAAUUCCUGAAAUUGGAAGUACAAUGAUGUCCGAGCAAAGAAUUGAAGCAGGGAUGAAUCCUGCUACAGAAACCGAAAGUAAGAUGAAAGCUGCAGUAAAAGGUGACGAGGCAAACCCUGAGACAUUACCAAUCUCUAUAACUGAAGACUUUUGGUGGCCAGCAGUGGUACCUGAAAAAGUACCCUUGCCAAGAUCAAAAGGUAAGUCGUUUUCUGUACCUGAAAUAGAGGUCGAGAUGAUUCAUUCCGAGCCUGAGGAAUACACUGAGUUCACACAAUCACCAUCACCAUCAGCAUCACCUUUUUAUAGAACUGGACUAGAAGGAAAAAUGAUGCCUGUGCCUUCUGUGGUACCUGAGAAGAUACCUUCACCAAGAUUGGAAGGCAACUUGUUGUUUGUACCUGAAAUAGAGGUUGAGACGAUUCAUUCCGAGCUUAAAGAAGACACACAGUCCACACCAGCACCAUCUUCUAGAACUGGAAUAGAAGGAAUAAUGAUGUGUGUGCCUGAGAAGGCUAAGCCAAUUAAAGCAGGAGUAGAAGAUAAGGUGACACCUGCAGUAACAGAACAUGAGGUUGUACAUGAAACUAUACCAAUUUCUAUACCAAUUUCAGGCACUGAAAUUGAAUCCCUGCCAGACAGUGCACCUCCACCCAGUACAGUGGCUGGGCUAAAACCUGAGAAUAUUCUUGUGCCAAGAACAGUGGGUAAGAUGUUACCUAAGGGUGAAAUAAGAACCAGGGCGAUUCCUACUGAGCAUAAUGAAGCUGUGAUGGUAAGAGUACCAGGAACAAAAGUUAAGAGAUCAUUUGAUUACACCCUACAGAAGAUUUUGAAAGACAUUAAAGAUGUAACAUCCCGAAAGAUUGGUAUCCAUGGAAAAGGUGGGAUUGGGAAAACUACUGUACUGAAAGCCUUGAAUGAUCAAACAAAGAUGAAAAGCAUUUUUGAUGUUGUCAUUUGGGUGACUGUCUCUAAAGGUUGGAGCCUGAAUAAGAUACAAAAUGACAUUUUACAGCAGUUAUCAUCAUAUCUGCCUAAUGACAUAUCCGAAUAUGGCAACACAUCAAGAUUAUUCCAGCUGCUGAAAGGCAGGAAGUUCUUAUUGCUUCUUGAUGAUGUGUGGGAAUGGGUUGAUUUGGAUAAAGUGGGAAUACCAGAUCCCAACACACAGAAUAAUGCCAAAGUAGUACUGACAACAAGAUCCAUUGAUAUUUGUCAAACCAUGGGAGCAGAUAGGAUAAUUGAAGUGGAAGCUAUGUUACCAGAGGAAUCUUGGGAACUGUUCCAUGAGAAGGUGGGUGAGAUCAUUGAUUCUCCAAAUAUCCAACCGUUUGCCAGGACUAUAAUUGAAGUCUCUGGUGGUUUUCCUCUGAUGAUCAUUCUAUAUGGAAAGGCUUUGAGGAAGGAAAGUGAUGUUCUGGUCUGGAGGCAUGCUUUAAGGGCAUUGUUAUCAGUUCCUAUGUCUGAUCUAGAGGGUGACGAAUAUGUGGUUCAGCAAUUUAAAUUUUGUUAUGACCAAUUAAAGGAUGUUAAUGUAAAGAGUUGCUUCCUGUCAUGUGCAAUGUAUCCUGAAGACCAUGAGAUAGACAUUGCUAAAUUGAUGGAGUACUGGUUUGCUGAAGGUUUUAUUAUUGGGAGUUGGGCAGACACACAAAUAAAGGGACAUAAUAUACUGAAAGUUCUUCUAGAUGCCUCUUUGUUGGAGAGUGUUGGUGGUGGUUCUGUGAAGAUGCAUGAUGUGAUUCGUGAUUUAGCAUUAGGUAUCAUGUCUCUUGAGGGAGAUGACUGUCGAGUUUUGGCGAGAGUUGAUACAAGAUUAACACAGCUGCAAGAAGGGGAGAAGCAGGAACAAUCCCAGAUGGAUGAUUCAGUGUCCAGACUACUCGAGGACCGAGGGAGGAUUGUAUCUCCAUCAUGGAAAGGUCACCGGUUCUUGUCAAGGGCUGGUCUGGGACAAAAACUGCCACCAGAGGAGGAGGAAUGGGAACAAGCAGAACGGAUCUUCUUGAUGGAUAAUGAAUUAACUUCACUGCCUCAGUGUCCAAAUUGUCCUAACCUUCUAACCUUACUGCUCCAGAGAAAUGAACGUUUGCGAAUGAUACCUGAGUCAUUCUUUGACUUUAUGCCUUCCCUCCAAGUUCUCAACCUGUCUAAAACAAGAAUCAAGUAUUUGCCAUCCUCAAUUUCAAAAGUUGUUAACCUUCGUGAACUUAUUCUGCGUCAUUGUCAACGAUUAGAUGGAUUUCCAUCUGAAUUAGGAAAACUUCAACGUCUCCAGGUACUUGAUCUCCAUGGUGCUGAUGUUGACAACCUGCCUGCUAUGAUUGGGGAAUUGACUUGCCUUAGACUGUUAGAUGUGUCCUUCUAUGGAUAUGUUGGCCAUGAAAACUAUGGUAUGAUGCCACCAGAAAUGAUUCCUCAUGGGACUAUAAAAAAGCUCUUUCAAUUGAAAGAUCUAAGAAUUGUAGUCGACCCAGAGGAUCAGCGUUGGAAUGAGAGUGUAGGGACCCUAACAUUUGAGGAGGUGGCCACAUUGAAAGAUUUAACUACACUUUGUUACUACUUUCCAGAAGUGGAGCUUGUUGAGAUGUUUAUCAAAGUAAGCCCUUCAUGGAAAGAUCAGAGGUUGAGAAAGUUUACAUUUACUGUUGGCCAUCUUGUGAAGAGCUUUGUAUCUCGUGUUGCAGUUGAUGUUGAGAUGGAAUAUGAACAACAGGGUCAAUGCCUGAGAUUUGUGAAUGGUCUGUUAAUUCCUGAUGCAAUUGUGGAAAUACUUGCACAUACUCGUGCUUUUUACUUGGAUCAUCACUGUACUGUUCAUAGCCUAUCAGAGUUUGGGGUUAGAAACAUGAGUCAGUUGAGGUUUUGCAUUGUAAGUGAAUGUCCCAAAAUUCAAACGAUCGUGGAAGGAAUGCUGGUCAGUGCAUUACCAUUGCUAGAGCACUUGAGUAUUCACCAUCUAUUGAGUUUGAGGAGCAUAUGGGAGGGACCUAUGGCAUUGGGAAGUCUUGCUAGGUUAAAAUAUUUGGCAUUGCAUACAUGUCCUAAAUUGAGGUACAUCUUUUCUACGGUAAUGCUUCAGUGUCUCUCUAACUUAGAAGAGUUGGUAGUGGAAGAUUGCCCUGGAAUCGAAGAGGUAAUUGAAGGGAUGACAGUUGAAUAUGAUGUUCUUCCUAGAUUGAAGAGGUUAUCACUUCACUACCUUCCUGAACUGGUUGGCAUUUGGAAAGGCGCUUGGUGCUCCUUAGAACAGACCAGCUUUUAUAAUUGUCCGAAGCUAAAGAAUCUGUCCAUGGGCUUUCAGUUUCCCAAAGCUAUAAAAGAAAUUAAAGGAGAAAGGGAUUGGUGGAACGAGCUAGAGUGGGAAGAAACUGCAUUGUUUUUGAGACUUCAAUCCUAUUUUAUGCCAAUUUCUGAGGGUGAUCUAUAGAUUUCGUAAGAAUGUAUUUUCCCUUCAUUUUUCAUUGGUGCCAGCCAAAGCUUUAAGCAUGAAGGUGUCAUAAAUCAGAAGAUGUUCUCUUUUUCUUUGAAAUGUAUCAUUUACCCUCUGUUUCCUUAAAAUAGUUAUUCGGAAUACUUCUUCAAUGUGAAAAACAUAGAAUAAAAAUGCCAUCAAAUGUAUUCUCCAAUUUUUCUCUAUUACUUUGCACUAUGUGGAACUGCAAAUUUCAAUUUAGUAGCCCUGUAUCUGAUUCUGACCUUGUACCUUUUGGCUCUCUUAUUCUGUUUACAUUUUGGUUUAGUUGAUAUAUCA